AUGAUAUUUGUAGCGGUUGCAACAGGGCUUCCGGGGACAGGGGGAGGGGGAGUGUUGAAUUCUCCCAAGAAUAUUUUUGACGCCCGAAUGGCUCUUAGUUUACUUCAUCUUACCAACGGCAGCAGGGUAGUGGAAACAGCCAGAAUUCUAGCGGUACAGCCAAUUGCCUUUUAUGCUUACAUGAGUGGCAAUUUGAAAAACCCUGGUGGACACCAUAUCCUGAUAUUUGACACAGUUAAAACCAAUCUAGGCAACGGAUACCAUCCUCAUAUUGGAGUGUUCAUCGUACCUAAAUCUGGAACGUAUUUCUUCACUUGGACAAUGUAUCACGAGGAAUCUUCUUAUCACUCAACAGAACUGGUGGUUAACACUGUCGUUCAUGGCAUGAUUUAUGCUCAUACAAAUUCAGGCGAGCAAGAUACUGCUACUGGAAACCUCAUCCUUACUGUGAACGCAGGGGACGAAGUCUAUAUUCGAACGAAAGAAAAUCUAAACCUUGGUGUCAUUUUGAGUGAUGCAUACGGCAGAACAGAUUUUUCUGGAUUUCUUAUCCAAUAA